CGCCCGCUGCACACCCCUGCACAUCAUCCACAUCCCCACCUCGGCCUCCUACCACUACCAGUAGCACUCUCCCAGUCCCAGUGUGACUUGCAAGCUCGAUCGCGCAAUGGCGGCUCGCGGUGGGAAGGCCCUGGUCCUGGCCAUGCUGAUCUCCUUCCUCGCGGUCCAAGGAACGCCGGUGUUUGAUUUCGCCGCGUGCUACUGCCACCUCCACAAGGGGUGCCUAUUACACACGCCAGCUAGCAGUACCAAGGAGUUCCACUGCGUGAUGACAAGCCUCGCAACAUGUACUGAUCGGAGGUGCUCGAAGAUCACUCCUUCCGUGAUGCCACUGGCCGAUGCUGUCAACACCGACGAGGGUAGCAUGGCCGUUCCUGCCGGGGGUGCCGAUCACGGCGAGUUCAACGUCGCUGAGCGCAGCAUGGCUGCUCCUGCCGAGGGUGCCGAUCACAGCCAGUUCAACUUCGCUGAGGGCAACAUGGCUGCUCCUGCCGGGGGUGCCCAUCACGGCGAGUCCAACACCGCUGAAGAGGAUGCAGCUCCAUGAGGGCCGCGAGAGGCUGGCUGGAGACUUGGACGACAGACACAGUUUGGCCAUGCUAUAGGCCGAGAAACUCUUUAAAAUAAAAGCGUUCUUGUAGUAAAAGUCUGUCAUGCACUGUACAAGAUCUCUGGCUGUGGUACUAAUAACUAUAGAUAUACAUAA